GGGGGAGUCUGUGCCCUGCAGGAAGAGGGGGAGGGCUGGCUGGGGUCUGGGUGUUUGGAAAGUCCUUUCCUUGUAUUACUCCAGAGGGAUCUCAGGUGUCUUCCAGUUAUGAGGUUCCUGCUGCUUUUGGGGUGCGCUGCCGCUGUGUGCGUCCUGUUGGCGUCGGCAUCUAACGGCGAUGAGCCCGGAUCAGACUCCAAGGAUAAGGUGACCCAGGGAGGUGUCCUGUACGAGGGUCACAAGAGGACGAUAGCUGCAAGAGGCACAAAACUGUCACGGGACAGAAGAAAUGGUAGAAAGAAACCGCCGGUGUGUGCUGGCUGCUAUACGUCCUUGCUAAAGGAGAGAGAAGACGCAUUGCCUCUCCCCACGUCCCCUCCGCUGCCGGUGGAAAAGGUCCCCAAGGCUAUUAAACCCACAAAGAAGCCGCGUGCCGGCAGUUAUGGGCCGUUACGAUUGAAACGAGACGUAGAAGAGGCUGAAGAGCAAAGUAAACACCAAAAACAUUACAAAAGAGAGAAAGGAGAAAAGAGAAGAGAAUGGAAGAAGAAGGGCGAUCAUCACUUCGGUCCGCAGGUGGAAGACUCAGAGACAAUGAGGGAUCACAAGGGCCACAGGAGACACCGACACAGAGAGCACAAGCCCUUUAGGAAGCACUCCCAUGGAAUGGACAGUCCUCGUGGCUCAUCCAUAGACAGAAUCCACCAGAAGGACACGGAGGUGGAAGACUCAGAGACAAUGAGGGAUCACAGGGGCCAUGAGGACCACAGGGGCCACAGGAGACACCGACACAGAGAACACAGGCCCUUUAGGAAGCACACCCCUGGACUGUACAGUCCUCUUGGCUCAUCCAUAGACAGAAUGCACCAGAAUGACACAGAGGCGGAGGGAUCAGAGACAGAGAGAGAUGUCAGGAGCCCCAGGAGCCACCGACACACCGAGAACAGGCGCAAGAAGAAAUACUUCCCCGGGUCAAAGGGACCUCUGAUUGCCCGUCCUGUGGGAAGUGGCAGAACGCGUCAGCGGGACACAGAGGCGGAGGGAUCAGAGACAGAGAGAGAUGUCAGGAGCCCCAGGAGCCACCGACACACCGAGGACAGGCGCAAGAAGAAAUACUUCCCCGGGUCAAAGGGACCUCUGAUUGCCCGUCCUGUGGGAAGUGGCAGAACGCGUCAGCGGGACACAGAGGAGUAGACGCCAUCAAUGUGAACGGAGAUACAUGUCACCCUUUACUCAGAUACCGCAGCUGUGCUUACCUUCAGAUGGCUGUAUAGCCGCUGUGCUUAGCGUCAGAUAGAUGUAUAGCUGCUGUGCUUAGCUUCAGAUAGAUGUAUAACUUCUGUGCUUAGCAUCAGAUAGAUGUAUAACUGCUGUGCUUAGCGUCAGAUAGAUGUAUAACUUCUGUGCUUAGCGUCAGAUAGAUGUAUGACUGCUGUGCUUAGAUUCAGAUAGACUUAUAACUGUUGUUCUUAGUGUCAGAUAGAGGUAUAACCUCUGUGCUUAGGGCGUACCUCAGAUGUGUACGUAUAUCCAAUGGUUUACAUACAAAUCUGAUGUCUGCGCCGGCGCAGAACGAAUCUUGUAAAGUCGCUCACACCCCCUGGGUGUUAAACGGCACCGUUCUUCAAAAUAGUUUUCCCAUUCUGUAGGCAUGCCGGGUCCAGGCUGUGUCGUCGGAUGCAGACUUCAUGGACCCGGGUGUCCCGAACCUUCGGCCAGUCUGAGGAAGCUUCAGCUUAUGCAGACUGACUGCUGCCUGCAAACAUCGCGCAUGGUCACACUGCUGAUCCGGAGCAACACCUGGAUCUCACAGUACAUGCAGGAGAGUCCCCUACACACGCCUCCUGCUGCAUUACAAUUGUAUCUGCACGGAAUUGCACAGCGGCUUCCCUGCGCGCCUAUGCAGCUUUCCAGAGCAUCCCUGCGGCUUCCCUGGGCAUCCAUGCGGUUUCCCUGCGUGUCCCUGUGGCUUCCCUACGCAUCCAUGUAGUUUCCCUGCUCAUCCCUGCGUGUCCCUGCGGCUUCCCUGCGCAUCCAUGCGGUUUCCCUGCGUGUCCCUGCGGCUUCCCUGCGCAUCCCUGCGGCUUCCCUGUGCAUCCCUUCGGUUUCCCUGCUCAUCCCUGCGGCUUCCCUGCGCAUCCUUGCGGCAUCCCUGCGCAUCCCCGCGGCUUCCCUGCGCAUCCCCGUGGCUUCCCAGUGUGUCCCCGCGGCUUCCCUGCACGUCCGUGCGGUUUCCCUGCGUGUCCCUGCGGUUUCCCUGUACUUCCCUACGCAUCCCCGUGGCUUCCCUGUGUGUCCCUGCGGCUUCCCUGCACGUCCCCGUGGCUUCCCUGCGUAUCCCUGCGGCUUCCCUGUGCAUCCCUGCGGCUUCCCUGCGCAUCCAUGCAGUUUCCCUGCUCAUCCCUUCGUUUCCCUGCUCAUCCCUGCGCAUCCUUGCGGCAUCCCUGCGCAUCCCCGUGGAUUCCCUGUGUGUCCCUGCGGCUUCUCUGCACGUCCCCGUGGCUACCCUGCGCAUCCCUGUGGCUUCCCUGCGCGUCCAUGCAGUUUCCCUGUGUGUCCCUGCGGCUUCCCUGCGCGUCCAUGCGGUUUCCCUGCGUGUCCCUACGGUUACCCUGUACUUCCCUGCGGCUUCCCUGUGCGUCCAUAUAGCUUCCCUGCACGUCCCUGCACCUGCACGUCCCUGGGGCUUCCUUGCGCGUCCAUAUAGCUUCCCUGCAUGUCCCUGCGGCUUCCCUGCACAUUACUGCGGCUUCCUUACGCGUCCAUAUAGCUUCCCUGCACGUCCCAGCGGCUUCCCUGCAUGUCCCUGCGGCUUCCUUGUGCGUCCAUAUAGCUUCCCUGCACGUCCCUGCGGCUUCCUUGUGCGUCCAUAUAGCUUCCCUGCAUGUCCCUGCGGGUUCCUUGCGCGUCCAUAUAGCUUCCCUGCACGUCCCUGCGGCUUCCCUGUGCGUCCAUAUAGCUUCCCUGCACGUCCCUGCGGCUUCCUUGCGCGUCCAUAUAGCUUCCCUGCACGUCCCUGCGGCUUCCUUGCGCGUCCAUAUAGCUUCCCUGCGGCUUCCUUGCACGUCCAUAUAGCUUCCCUGCACGUCCCUGUGGCUUCCCUGCACUUCCCUGCGGCUUCCUUGCGCGUCCAUAUAGCUUCCCUGCACGUCCCUGUGGCUUCCCUGCACUUCCCUGCGGCUUCCUUGCGCGUCCGUAUAGCUUCCCUGCACCUUUGCAAUUGCUUACAAAUCUGUAUUAGGACCUAAGUGCCAUAUAAACGUAUAACCGCUGUGUGUAGUGUCAGAUAAACGUAUAACCGCUGUGCGUAGUGUCAGAUAGACGUAUAACCGCUGUGCGUAGUGUCAGAUAGAUGUAGAGCUGAUACAUUUUGAUGCACAUAGAGUUAUAACUGCAUAAUUUCUAAUAACCCUGCAAGGACUAUAUCUGUCUGCGGUUCCCUAGCCAGGCAGCUGUAUCACCUGUAUGUUACACACAUUGUACCUGUCUGCGGUUCCGUAUCACCUGUAUGUUACACACAUUGUACCUGUCUGCGGUUCCGUAUCACCUGUAUGUUACACACAUUGUACCUGCCUGCGGUUCCGUAUCACCUGUAUGUUACACACAUUGUACCUGUCUGCGGUUCCCUAGCCAGGAUGCUGUAUCACCUGUAUGUUACACACAUUGUACCUGCCUGCGGUUCCCUAGCCAGGCAGCUGUAUCACCUGUAUGUUACACACAUUGUACCUGUCUGCGGUUCCGUAUCACCUGUAUGUUACACACAUUGUACCUGCCUGCGGUUCCGUAUCACCUGUAUGUUACACACAUUGUACCUGUCUGCGGUUCCGUAUCACCUGUAUGUUACACACAUUGGCCCUCAUUCCGAGUUGUUCGCUCGCAAGCUGCUUUUAGCAGCAUUGCACACGCUAAGCCGCCGCCUACUGGGAAUGUAUCUUAGCAUAGCAGAAUUGCGAACGAAAGAUUCUCAAAAUUGCGAAUAGAAAUUUCUUUGCAGUUUCUGAGUAGCUCGAUACUUACUCUGCCAGUGCGAUCAGUUCAGUCAGUUUCGUUCCUGGUUUGACGUCACAAACACACCCAGCGUUCGCCCAGACACUCCCCCGUUUCUCCAGCCACUCCCGCGUUUUUCCCAGAAACAGCAGCGUUUUUUCAGACACUCCCAUAAAACGGCCAGUUUCCGCCCAGAAACACCCACUUCCUGUCAAUCACACUCCGAUCACCAGAACGAAGAAAAAACCUUGUAAUGCCGUGAGUAAAAUACCAAACUUCUUAGCAAAUUUACUUGGCGCAGCCGCAGUGCGAACAUUGCUCAUGCGCAGUUUGCUGAAAAUCGCUGCGAUGCGAUGAAAACGAACGAGCGAACAACUCGGAAUGAGGGCCAUUGUACCUGCCUGCGGUUCAGUAUCACCUGUAUGUUACAGACAUAGUACCUGCCUGCGGUUCCGUAUCACCUGUAUGUUACACACACAUUGUACCUGCGGAUCCCUGAUUAAACACAAGAAUCACUGAAUGUAAGUGUAUUUUGCAAGGAAAUGAAAUAAAGAUACAGAUAAAGCCACUA